UUGCCCUCGCCCGCUGGCCGGCAGGUCUGCGCUGCGGCGUGGCCCGCGGGCGUGCUGGGCGCGGGCAGGGAGGCCCAGCCGUUCCGCGCUCGGAGGUAGGUGGUGCUGUUGCCGUGACUGUCUUCCUCAUUGGCGCGGGGCGGAGAGGCGGAAUGUUCAACUCCUGACUCGGCGGAAGCGUGGGAGCCGCGCGGGCCGCCGUCCUCUCGACCCCCGGCCGCCGUCCCUGCCCUCGCCGCGCGUGGGGCCUCGGCGCCCCGGCUGCUGCUCGCGCCCGGCCCGAGAGCCAGAUUUUGUGGAAGUAUAAUACUUUGUCAUUAUGAGAUGUCGUCUCUCGGUACCUCCUUUGUGCAAAUUAAAUUUGAUGACUUGCAGUUUUUUGAAAACUGCGGUGGAGGAAGUUUUGGGAGUGUUUAUCGAGCCAAAUGGAUAUCACAGGACAAGGAGGUGGCUGUAAAGAAGCUACUCAAAAUAGAGAAGGAGGCAGAAAUCCUCAGUGUCCUCAGUCACAGAAACAUCAUCCAGUUUUAUGGAGUAAUUCUUGAACCUCCCAACUAUGGUAUCGUCACAGAAUAUGCUUCUCUGGGAUCACUCUAUGAUUACAUUAACAGUAACAGAAGUGAAGAGAUGGACAUGGAUCACAUCAUGACCUGGGCCACUGAUGUAGCCAAAGGAAUGCACUAUUUACAUAUGGAGGCUCCUGUCAAGGUGAUUCACAGAGAUCUCAAGUCAAGAAAUGUUGUUAUAGCUGCUGAUGGGGUAUUGAAGAUCUGCGAUUUUGGCGCCUCUCGGUUCCAUAACCAUACAACACACAUGUCCUUGGUUGGAACUUUCCCUUGGAUGGCUCCAGAAGUUAUCCAGAGUCUCCCUGUGUCUGAAACUUGUGACACAUAUUCCUAUGGUGUGGUUCUCUGGGAAAUGCUAACAAGGGAGGUCCCCUUUAAAGGUUUGGAAGGAUUACAAGUAGCUUGGCUUGUAGUGGAAAAAAACGAGAGAUUAACCAUUCCAAGCAGUUGCCCCAGAAGUUUUGCUGAACUGUUACGUCAGUGUUGGGAAGCUGAUGCCAAGAAACGGCCAUCUUUCAAGCAAAUCAUUUCAAUUCUGGAGUCUAUGUCAAAUGACACUAAACUUUCUGACCAGUGUAACUCCUUCUUGCACAACAAGGCAGAGUGGAGGUGCGAAAUUGAAGCAACUCUCGAGAGGCUGAAGAAACUGGAGCGGGAUCUCAGCUUUAAAGAGCAGGAGCUCAAAGAACGAGAAAGACGUCUGAAGAUGUGGGAGCAGAAGCUGACGGAGCAGUCCAACACCCCGCUUCUCUUGCCUCUUGCUGCAAGAAUGUCUGAGGAGUCUUACUUUGAAUCUAAGACAGAGGAGUCAAAAAGUGCAGAGAUGUCAUGUCAGAUCACAGCAACAAGUAACGGGGAGGGCCAUGGCAUGAACCAGAGUCUGCGGGCCAUGAUGCUGAUGGGCUUGGGGGAUAUCUUCUCAAUGAACAAAGCAGGAGCUGUGCUGCAAUCUGGGAUGCAGAUAAGCAUGCAAGCCAAGCAGAAUUCUUCCAAAACCACAUCUAAGAGAAAGGGGAAGAGGGUCAACAUGGCCCUGGGGUUCAGUGAUUUGUCAGAAGGUGAUGAUGAUGAUGAUGAUGACGGUGAUGAGGAGGAAAAUGACAUGGAUAAUAAUAGUGAAUGAAACCAGAAAGCAAAGCAAUAAAAUUGAAAAUGUUUGGAAAAACAAAAGAAACUUGUUAUCUCAAUCUGUACAAAAACCAGUAAGGAGGUAGAAAACCAAGCACUGCAUUUUUAGGCUGAUCACAUUUAUAUGGCAGUCAUUUCUUGAUCGAUUUUACUUUUGAUUUGUUUUUGCUUACAGAAAAAUGGGGGGGAAAAUUAAGCCAGAGAGGUAUAUUUCAACCAGCAAAUGAGGUGCCUGAUUAUAGAAAUUUGUGAUUCUAUAUACGCUGUAGUAUUUUUUAACCAAUGACAUUCUGACUUUUUUUUUUAAUGAAUAUAGUUUGUAUUUGAUUUGAUUUCAUUUAUUCAAUUGCUUAAGAAAACUUACAUUUUGAACAAGCACUCAUAGCUCCUAAUUCUUCUCUAACAUUUGAUUUUCUUGUAACAUACUACAUUUUUUUUUGUGGCAGCACACUGUACUAUCAGAAAUAAUUGAUAGUGACUACAAAAUCCAACAAUACAAAAAUUGGGAUGAAAGAAGGUUAUAAUAAAUACUUCUUCAGAAAUACCUAAAUGCCAAGAAUUUUCAUUACUUAAUAGCACAACUACUCAAAGUAAAACCUGAGAGAUGUUCUCAGUAGUACAUUUGAAGGAGAAAUACUCUAAUUUGAAACCAAUAGCAGAUGUUGCAGGCUUUCAUACCAGUGCUAGCGCUGGAAGCUUCUCAACAACCACUGUCACCCAAGGCUCAGCUUAUACUUUACACAAAGAGAAAGAUAUGGUCUGAAAGGGAUACUUCUGGGCAGUGGGAGUGUUAAUCUAGGCCUCCUCUGCACUUCCAGCGAGCGUGUACGCAUGUUCGUUUGUUUUUCAGAGGGGCAUGAUAAUCCUGGAUUCUAAAUAUAUGUAUAGAUGUUUUAAAGAGGGAACUAAAUAUUAUAAAAGGAAUAGCAAAGAUAAGUUGUCCUUACUUAGGCAAAAGCACGGGAUGAAGGGUCCUUUUUAUUAUCAAAUCCAGCCUUCCAGAGUUGUCUUUUUUUUUAACCCUGACUCAGCCAUGCUGGUGUUAAAGAGAAGUAAAUGUAGGUACUUGUCAGAAAACCUAGCUAGCCAGAGAGAGAUUUUCAGAAUGUUACCACAUAUUCGUCAAAACUUGUUUAAGCAGAGAACACUGUUUAAUAAAAAACUACAAAACGUUUGUAGUUAGAUAUAUACAGAAAGGCAGAAGAACAAAGACUUUUUUUCAGCCUAAAUUAGAAAGCAGGGCCGUUCAUUUGACUAUUAAACUAAAGUGGUAGUUUUUGGUGGUGGUUUUUACGGAUGAUUUAGGAAAGGAUAUCAUCGUAGAUAUGAUCUAACACUAUUUCCAAGUAUAUUUGACAUGGGAAUGAUAAUAGUAUCUACUUCAAAGGAUUCUUCUGAGGAUUAAAUGAAAUAAGACAUGUAAAGGACUUACCACAGCACCAGGCCCAGGGUAAGGGGUCAGUUAACGUUAGCUCUAUGAUUUAUGCCAGUGAAAAGACACUGAGAAAUAAGUGGUUUCAGUAACCUUCUGGAACACUAAACUAUCAGUUUCAAGUGGUGUUUGUUGAGUAGUAUGAGAUGAAAGUGAAUAGCCUUCAGGAAAGAUAGAACAUUCUUAGAAUGUAAGCUAGUCAAACAGAUUUAAUCUGUUGCUCUUUGAAGACUGCUCAGUGGCUAGGGUCACCUAGUCCGAGGUGUUUUGUAUGCCCUGCUACCACCCGCAGACUAAGGAAACACAGAAAGAAUAGGUAAACCUUUCCCCAAGAAGGUGGGCGCCCCACAUAGCCACUCUGAUACACUUUCCAUGUCUAUGCAAUCAUAGAUACAGGUGCAUGCAUGCCAUCACACAGUGCUGGUGACAAACAGGCACAAACAGAGGCACAUCCUGUCUGUUCCCAGACGUGGAGAAGUACUCCCUGAGCCGAACCUCUCAAGCAGACUCUUAGCCUGGAGCAGAAGGGACGGUUUUCAACUCUUGACUUCCCUACAUGGCCCUUCGGCACCACGGCCUAGCCACUUGAGGGAGAGCCAGAGAUGGCAGUUUAAAAGCUUCUUGCACAUCUUCCCAGGCACAGAUAAAGUCAUUCAUUCCACAAACGUUCACUGAGCCCCUUCUCCGUGCCAAGGACCGUUCUAGGGAAAGCUAGAUGAAAAUCGUGGUGCUCCCAGAGCUUACGUGCCAGCGAGUGGAGAGCGACGAUAAAGAAACAUGCAUCCUGUGGAAUGUAAACAUUUGAUAAGCGCGCUGAAGAACGAAGCAGGGAAGGGGGAUGAGGCACUUGGGAGCCUCGACGUUUUUAAAGUGUGGUCAGGAAAGGCCUCACUGAUAAGGAAUCUCGUUGGGCAACUUUGGGGAUCUGUGCGCUUUAUGUAAGAAUGUAAACCUUUCCUCUCAGUUAAGAAUAAUCAGCAAUAAAUUGAGAACAUAUGAACUGAAUGAAACUGAUAUUUUUUUCUUAAUUUACAUAUAAAUCUAUUAUGAUUACAUAUAAAGUGUUGGUGCGUUAAUAAUAGCAGCCAAAUAGGGUCAAAAGAGAAAGGUAAUGGGACUGUAUACCCAGACAUAGGAUUACUAUUAAUUAGUAAUAUUUCUCUCAUCUCUCAGCUGAGCCGUUUUCCUCACCAAUAUUCCAGAGAUGGUUGUAGCACACAAUACUUUAUCAUCAAGCAACUGCAGGGACUUAGGAUACAGCAGAAUUGAUGACCUCAGGGAUAAACUUGAAAUUUGUUCUCCGCCUAGAAUUGGACUAUAAGUAAUUACCGUAUGGCAUUGGCUAUUUUACUUUCUGUUCCGAAUCAGUAUUUUUCCAGGGUUUUGAACAUCCCUGAAAUCUGAAUCAUAUAAACAAAAUUUUAAAAUGGUCUCACUCUAUCUGUGAAGAUUAUUUGAAGACUUUAGACUCUAUUAGUUUUAUUAAUUUUAAUAAGAAACGUUUAUCAGCCAUAUGCAGAAUUUCUAAUGAUGAUGUUAAUUGUGCAGUUUCUAAUUCACUUUUCAGAUCAGCUUUUGAAAAGGGCAAUUAUUGGUGUUGGAUUUGUUUCCAAUUACUUGACUUACAAAAAACUAAAUUUAUAAAGAGUUAAAGAAACACUGAGAAAUUUAAAGAUUCAGAAUGAGAACUGAAACUCUAAAUUAUAAUAAUUCUCACAGCCAUACAACUGAAAAUACAACUACUAUUUCAUCUUUUUUUCUUUAUUCACAAAGUUGAUCAUGUAGAAUUUGAUGACAUCCUACUAGCGGUUCUCAACUGAGUAGUGCUGCCACCUAAUGGUGUUGGGGAGUGCUGGGGUAUAUUUUUGGUUGUCACGGUGACUGGGGAUGUAUUUAAUGGCCAGUGCCAAAAAUGGUAACAUCCCACCUGCCAGGGACAGUCCCACCCGAUAAAGAAUUCCAUCCCAAAUACCUGUAGCGUUGUCUCUUCCCCCCUUGAGAUCUUGCUAAACCUGGAAGUUUUAGAGUUCCACCUCUAAUUUUUUUUCCCCAAACAAAAUUACACAAGGCAAAAGAUGCAUUUUCAAAUUAUAACUACUACACAAUCUGAAUUUUGUAGGUCUUGGGCAUUUAUCUCAAAUCUCCACUUGUGGAAAUGGUUUCUUUCCCCCUUAAGAAUGCUGGUGGAAACUUUGUGAAACAGCUAAAUUUACCUGGGGAGGGGAGAAGGGGGUCACUCUCCUAUUACGCUAAUUCCACAAUAAAUAGAAAAACAUCAUUGAGGUAGCUACAGUUCUGCACAGUAGCCAGGUUAGUUUAAAAGGACCCUUUUCCUAACAGUCUUUUUUUUUUUUAUUAGCAAAAUCACCUUUUAAUAUUUUACAUAGAUAACCAAUGGGAAGGGGUUGAAGCCACAUAGCCUGCUUCUUUUGGAUGCUCUGGAAGUGUUGAGAGUUGGUUUUUAGCCAGUGAUUUUUAACAUGCAGUAGAUGGAUUAGACUUGAACACCAGCUGAGGUAUUCAGACUUGAUCCCCAUUAAAAUCAAGGAAUCAGGGGUGGGAGAAGAUUUGGGAGAGAUCCAGAAUGACUUCCCAUAGCACUAUAAUGCACAUAACUUUAUUUUUCAGAGUUUUCAUUAGAAUGGUAAGAAUUUCCUGAAAGAUAAUUUUAAAACUUAUUUUGAGUUAAAUAUUGAUACUUUUUUUGAUUUUUGAUCCACUAGACU